AUGGAAGAGCAGCUCCGCGAGCAGGUUCAGGGCAUUUGUAUGGGCCUGGUUUGCUUGGCGCACCACGUACUGCGAGGGCCGCCCCUCGUAGGCCUUUCACGUCAGAGCCGACUGCUCAAUGAGAAGGACCUGCUGGAGGAGCUGAUGAGUCUGCGAUAUUGGGAUUUCUCCUCAGGGAACGCUUUCUAG